UGUCUAAAGGCAGACGCCAGACUCGCCCUCUUCGGCUUGUCUCGCUCGCCUUACAAAAGGCCUUGGCAGCCUUCUCUUUCUCUCUAGAUUCUUUGUCUCCUCCUCAGCAGGUCUCCUUCUGAAACCUCAGAUAGCUAAAGCUGCAAUCCUGCUAAACAUGGCGGCACCUGCUCAGUGGCAGCCCAACGAGGAUGGCCUGAGAGAGAUCUGCCGCUUACUGGAACAGCAAAUUUCUCCUACUCCUGAUCAUCCUCAGAUUUGGCAGCAGCUCCAGCAUUAUAGCCAGUUCCCCGAUUUCAAUAACUAUCUCGCUUUCAUCUUUGCUCAUGCUGAGGGUACACCAGUGGAAAUUCGACAAGCAGCUGGAUUGCUUUUAAAAAAUAAUUUGAGAACCGCUUUCAAAUCCAUGGAACCUUUAUACCAGCAAUACAUAAAAUCUGAAUUGUUACCUUGCUUAGGAGCAGCAGAUAGGCAUAUCAGAUCUACAGUUGGAACAAUUAUAAGUGUUGUUGUUCAACAAGGGCGGGUCGUUGGUUGGCCAGAGCUGUUGCAAGCACUCCUACAUUGCUUAGAGAGCAAUGACUUAAAUCACAUGGAAGGUGCUAUGGAUGCUUUAUCCAAGAUUUGUGAAGACAUCCCACAAGAGCUUGAUUCGGAUGUACCUGGAUUACCUGAACGCCCUAUCAACAUAUUGUUGCCAAGAUUAUUCCAGUUUUUCCAAUCUCCUCAUACCUCACUCAGGAAGCUUUCCUUAGGUUCUGUUAAUCAGUUCCUUAUGUUGAUGCCCAAGGGUUUAUCUCAAUCCGUGGAUCAAUACCUCCAGGGUUUGUUUGUUCUUGCCCUCGAUCCUGCUGCUGAUGUGCGAAAAUUGGUUUGUGCUGCUUUUGUUCAGCUAAUUGAAGUUAGCCCAUCUUUCUUAGAGCCUCAUUUAAGAAAUGUAAUUGAGUAUAUGUUGCAAGCCAACAAGGAUGCUGAUGAUGAAGUUGCUCUUGAAGCUUGUGAAUUUUGGUCAGCAUACUGUGAAGCUCAAUUGCACCCAGAUGGCUUGAGAGAUUUUCUACCACGCCUAGUUCCAGUUUUGCUGUCAAACAUGGUUUAUGCUGAGGAUGAUGAAUCACUUGUUGAUGCAGAGGAAGAUGAGUCUUUCCCUGAUCGAGACCAGGAUCUGAAGCCUCGUUUCCAUUCAUCACGGUUUCAUGGAGCAGAUAGCAUGGAAGAUGAUGAUGAUGACAUUGUCAACAUUUGGAAUCUAAGGAAAUGCAGUGCAGCCGCUCUAGAUAUCCUCUCAAAUGUGUUUGGGGAUGAGAUUCUUCCAACAUUGAUGCCUCUAGUUCAAGCUAAGCUAGCUACUGCUGAUGAUACAACCUGGAAGGACAGGGAAGCUGCUGUUCUAGCUAUUGGUGCCAUUGCUGAAGGUUGCAUUAAUGGCCUCUACCCCCAUUUGCCCGAGAUUGUGGCAUUUCUCAUCCCUCUGUUAGAUGAUAAAUUUCCUCUCAUUCGCAGUAUCACUUGUUGGACACUCUCUAGAUAUAGUAAAUUUGUUGUUCAGGGUAUUGGCCAUCAAACAGGUCAUGAACAAUUUGAAAAAGUUCUUAUGGGUCUUUUACGAAGGAUAUUGGACACUAACAAACGAGUUCAAGAAGCUGCUUGUUCAGCCUUUGCUACACUUGAAGAGGAGGCUGCAGAAGAGUUGGCGCCACACUUGGAAAUAAUUCUGCAGCACCUUUUAUGUGCUUUUGGGAAAUAUCAGAAACGUAACCUCCGGAUAGUGUAUGAUGCUAUUGGUACACUAGCAGAUGCUGUUGGAGGGGAGCUCAAUCAACCAAGGUAUCUUGAUAUUUUGAUGCCUCCAUUAAUCUCAAAGUGGCAGCAACUUGCAAAUUCAGACAAAGAUCUUUUUCCAUUGCUUGAGUGUUUCACAUCCAUAGCGCAGGCACUUGGUCCUGGAUUUUCUCAAUUUGCUGAACCUGUAUUCCAAAGGUGUUUAAACCUCAUCCAGACUCAACAACUGGCAAAGGUUGAUCCUGUGUCUGCUGGGGUUCAAUAUGACAGAGAGUUUAUUGUCUGCUCUUUGGAUUUGCUUUCAGGGCUUGCAGAAGGCCUCGGGAAUGGGAUAGAGAGUCUGGUUGCACAAGGCAAUUUGAGGGACCUACUUCUUCAGUGCUGCAUGGAUGAUGCUUCUGAUGUGCGUCAAAGUGCUCUUGCUCUUCUGGGGGACCUUGCAAGGGUUUGCCAUGUGCAUUUGCAUCCUCGUUUGUCAGAAUUUCUUAAUGUUGCUGCCAAUCAGUUGCAUACUCAGGAGCUGAAAGAAUCUGUUUCAGUGGCUAAUAAUGCAUGUUGGGCAAUUGGAGAAUUAGCAGUAAAGGUUCACCAAGAAAUAUCUCCUAUUGUGCUAAGAGUUAUUCAAUGCCUAGUUCCAAUCCUUCAACAUGCUGAGGGGCUUAACAAAUCACUCAUAGAAAAUAGUGCCAUCACUCUUGGGAGGCUUGCAUGGGUCUGCCCAGAACUUGUAUCACCUCAUAUGGAGCAUUUCAUGCAAUCAUGGUGUACUGCUUUAUCCAUGAUACGUGAUGAUGUUGAGAAAGAGGAUGCUUUCCGAGGUUUAUGUGCUAUGGUUAGAACAAAUCCAUCUGGGGCUUUGAGUUCACUUGUUUAUAUGUGCAAAGCCAUUGCUAGUUGGCAUGAAAUAAGGAGUGAAGAUCUACACAAUGAAGUUUGCCAAGUGUUAAAUGGGUAUAAGCAGAUGCUUAGGAAUGGAGCAUGGGAACAGUGCAUGUCAGCAUUGGACCCUCCACUGAAGGACAAGUUGUCAAAGUAUCAAGUAUAAUCAAAGGUGUUGUAUUGCCCAUGCUGGUAGUUGUCUCAAGUCUGCUUCUUCAGAGGUGUAUAUCUGUGUCUUGGAUAGUGUUCCUUUUCUGUACAUCUUGUGAUGAAAAGCAAAGAUGUGAUUUGCUUUGAGCAGAAGGUUGUCUGUUGCAUUUUAACGAAAGAAGGUGAAGUUACAUCCCAAGUUCUAGGAUGGAAGUCUGAAGCUGAAGGAUGGCAAUUUUGAAACCAUAUUGAACAGAAGAAGCUGAGUGCGAGUUUGAAGGGGGGAUGGAAACAGGUCCAACCAAAGGUGUGGUUUUCCAAGCACACGAAAGCUGGUGAUUGUUCCCUUUCAAUAUUUGCACUGAGAAAGAUUAUAUAUAGGUGUCAGUUUCCACCUUCUGCUUCAUUUUCAGUUUAUUGUUUUUAUUGUUUAUACCAUGCCAGUGGAUAGGUUUUAGUCUGAAGGCUCCGCUGAUUUUGUUAAAAGGGGCUUUACAUAAAUUUUAUUGUUUUGUUUUUUCUUUUCAAUUCUUAUUGUUUUUGGAUUGUAACUUACAUUUAGAGAUGGAGCAUCGAGGGCUUGUAUCAGUAUUGAUCGAUUGUCAGCGAAAUGACCAGCAUUUAGUGGCCUUGGAUUUUCUUGUUUAAUGAGAGUUGUGUUCUGUUUGAUUUGAAUCA